UGUGCAUGAGAGGGAGAGGAGGAAAACGCAGAAGGAAGUGUCUUGGCCUCAACAAACUCUUUUGUGCUCCCAAAGACUUUUUCCUCUGACCCGGCUGAGACUUGCUCUAAGAGGAGACCCCUGGCUCAGAGAGAACUCUCGCCCGCCCUCAGAGGCUGAAUGCUGAGCAGCUACAACUGCUCUGAAGCCCCUCCAUGAAUCCCCGGAAGAAGGUGGACCUGAAGCUCAUCAUCAUUGGAGCCCUGGGGGUAGGAAAGACCUCCCUCCUCCACCAAUAUGUUCACAAGACGUUUUACGAGGACUACCAGACCACGCUGGGGGCCAGCAUUCUCUCCAAGAUUAUCGUACUGGAUGACACAACUUUAAAGCUACAGAUCUGGGACACAGGCGGACAGGAGCGGUUCCGCUCCAUGGUGUCCACAUUCUACAAAGGCUCCGAUGGCUGCAUCCUGGCUUUCGAUGUCACCGACCUGGAGUCCUUUGAAGCCCUGGAUACCUGGCGGGGUGAUGUUCUGGCCAAAACCAUUCCAAUGGAGCAGUCCUACCCCAUGGUGGUGCUGGGCAACAAGAUCGAUCUGGCAGACCGGCAGGUGCCACAGGAGGUAGCCCGAGGCUGGUGUAAAGAGAAGGAUAUUCCCUAUUUUGAAGUCAGUGCCAAGAACGACAUCAACGUGGUACAAGCCUUCGAGAUGCUGGCCAGUCGGGCUCUGUCGAGGUAUCAAAGCAUCUUAGAGAAUUACCUCACAGACUCCAUCAAGCUCUCACCAGAAGACCAGUCCCAGAGUAGAUGCUGCUGACCUUCCAGACAGAGCCUGCCCUGGCCUGGUCCCCUCAGGCCCCCACCAGCCACACCGCCUGCCCAAGCUCAGCCAGGAGGCCCGGACCCCGCGGCAGGGCCCUUGACACCCUCGCUCUGUGCUGGGCCCUUGACAUCCUCGCUCUGUGCUGGGCCCAGAAUCAGAGGCAGCAUCUGCCUCAGGCUGAUUGUAGUGAGGACAGCUGGGCCCUCAGAGGUCCAGAUGAAACCCAGAAGGUCACAGCCAGAGCCACGCCCUGGAGGAGUCCCAGCUCCCUCGCUGGCUCCAGCCCUCCCCAAAUACACUCCUGCUCGGGAACGCGCAUCUCUGCAGACAGGCUUGUCUCCGGAGGUCUGUGCUAUCAUCCUGCGGACUGGCCUUCCUCACCCAGGCCCCCACACCCUUCCAGAGCCACGGCACAGCUUUGGACAAGGGUGCAGCUCAGCCUCCCUCAGCACCAGGACCAGGAAGUGAGGGUCUGGAGCCCACGUGGGGGCCUGCCUCAACCCCCAGCAGCAGCUGUUCAGGCUGGGACGCCCCUCGGCCCCUCCAGAGAAUAGGACUGAGGGAGCCAGGAAAAGAAGUGGGGCCUGGUUCAUUCUUCCUCGCUGGGCACUCCGGCAACACCUGUAAACCUCUCUGAGCCUCAGCUUGCUCAUCUGUCAAAUGGGGUGGUGUGUGCCCUGCCCACAUCAGUGCGGUCUUGGGGACCAGAAGCUCCACUUAAAUCUCAUUUUCUCGUGUUGAUAUGCACAUAUUUAUUCCUUCAACAAGUAUUUUUGAGUAUCCACCAUGUAUGAUGCACUGAGAUUCAGUGACAGGUGACACAGACAACAUUGACUGCUCCUUGACCCAACAUUGUGGUGAGAGAGAGAGGGGCAACAGACAGAAUUUAAAUAGAUAUUCUCAAAUAGCAGGUAAGGCUUGAACAAAGUGAAACAAGGUAAUGGGAUAGAGGACAGGGGCUAGGUUUGGGUGCUGUUUCAGACGAAGUGGUCCAGGAGGGCUUCCCUGAGGAGGUGACAUUUGGCCUGAUGGCUAGAGACUGAGAAGCUGGCUGCCACCUGAGAUCCAGAUGAAGAGCAUUCCAGAGAGAGGGAGCACAAGGCCCUGGGGCGAGGACAAGCGUGCUGUGUUCCAGGAACAGGAAAAGGCACUCCUUUACCUGACGCCUCAAAGCCACUGUCCCAGCGACAGGCAAAGGGAACCUGCCUCCUGGAUGGCUCCUUGAGCCUCUGCCCACUGGCCACCAGAGGGCAGCAGGGGUCCUCUCCCAGGCUGAGCUGAAAGGGGCUGCUCCACGGACGCUAGAAGAGCUGCUAAGCUUUCUUGUGCUGAUGCUCAGAGCUUGUUCGCAGGUUCUGGGCGUGUUCAGUGCUUCCAGAUCUGAGGGGCAGGAGAAUCUCAAUUUCUUAAGCCUAGUAAGAAAUGGGCAAAAACUGUGACAUCAAUGACUCAGACAAGAACUCCUAAUGGGUGACCAGUACUAGAAUGUGGGCCUGGAGAGCUCCUGGAUUCUCUGUUCCUGCAGAGUCUAAGGCCAUAUCUUUUUCUUCCAGCUACAGACAGCAUAGGUAGGGUCCAAUGUGAAGGGGGCUGCAAGGUGACCUCCCAGCGUCUCCCACAGCCACCACAGAAGCCUUUUGUCUACACGGAAGUGUCUUUCCCUGGGCUCCGAGCAGGGCUGGGCAUGUUGGCUAAUGACUUCCCAGUGUCAUCUGACUCUGAAGAUCCACCUAGAGCGAGGGGAGUCGGGGGUUAACGAGGGCGUUGGGGAGCCCCUUCUCCCCACCCCCAGCUGUGGAAGAACUGGCUCGUCCUGGGCAGCAGCACGGACCUGGCACAGGAGCAGGUGGCCUGAGCGCGCUUCGGCUCCACGUGCUUCGUGGGGCGACCUUCUCCACAUCCCGCGGGCUCUCCUGGGAGUCGGCAGGACUGUGGCUGGACGUGUGGGGUGUGGGUGUGUGCACAGCAGCUUGUGCACCGUCAUGGGCGCACAGGCCGUUUCCAAAUGUGGACAACAAGUAAUAAAUGUGACCUUCUUUGUUUUUAUCCUU